AUGGUAUUCAACACCGUCUUAGUAGCGUCAGUCGCCACCGUAUCCGCCGACGUUUGGCAAUCGGUGGCAUGCUUCACCGAACGAAUCAACAGCGACGAGCUCUUAGAUCUGGUGAUUUGUUUUCCUCUUCAACAAUUAGGUCGUUUUGCUCUUUGUGUUUGGAACUUUUUCUGUGUUCCUCCAUCUCCUCCUGAUUCUUAUUACUACUCUUAUGCCUAUUACGACGACGACGAUGGUGAUGAAUCGGAUUACGAUUCCGUCACCAGCUCCUCCGUCGGUGUUGCUGGAUUUUCCGGCUACGACCACCGCCGUCGUGAUUCGUACUCCGAUUCCCAUUCCGACUGA